AUGCCCAAGCAGAUCUUAUCCGCAGGAUGGGUUGUGCCCAUCGUUCCCUCGGGGCUCGUGCUCGAGGAUCACUCCAUCGUCGUCGAGGAUGAGCAGAUCCUGGAUGUUCUCCCCACCAAAGAGGUGUCGGGCAAGUACCCAGACGUCCCCGUCACCUUCUCCAGUCCCUCCAGCGUUCUCAUGCCGGGGUUCGUAAACUGCCACACCCACUCUGCCAUGACACUGCUGAGGGGGCUGGCGGAUGACCUGGAGCUCAUGCCCUGGCUCAACAAUCACAUCUGGCCGGCUGAAGGAAAGUUCGCCGGGGCCGAGUUCGUGGAGGACGGGACGAGGGUGGCGAUGGCGGAGAUGAUCAAGGGAGGGACGACUUGCUUCAAUGACAUGUACUUCUUCCCCGCUGAGAUCGCCAAGGUCGCAGAGGAAGGAGGCAUGCGAGCCUUCGUCGGCCUCAUCUGCAUCGGCUUCCCCUCCUCCUACUGCGGCAGCCCUGACAAGAGCAUGGAGGAGAAUAUCAAGGCGUACAUCGGCAAGGGCAUGGAGAUCAGGGAGGAAGUGAUGUCCAAGUUGGCUCGUGUGAGGCCGACGAUCGCCCCCCAUGCUCCCUACACGUGCGGUGAAGAGGGGAUGAAGUACGCAGGGGAGAAGGCGAGGGAGCUCAAGGUCCCUUUCCACAUCCACCUGCACGAGACGAGCGGCGAGUGCAGCGACUGGAUGGACAACAAGAGCGAGCGGCCGCUGAAGACGCUGGAGAGGUUGGGGCUGGUGGACGAGAGGCUGGUGGCUGUGCACAUGACCCAGCUGGACGACGAGGAGAUCGAGCUGCUGGCAAAGAGAGGGGCCAACGUGAUUCACUGCCCUGAGUCGAACAUGAAGCUCGCUUCCGGCGCUUGCCCUGUGUGGAAGUUGAUGAAGAAAGGCGUCAACAUGGGGCUGGGAACUGACGGGUGA